AUGGUCUCCCUCCGAUUCCCCACAGCCACCUUCGCCCACCUGCCCCCUCCGCCGCCACCCCACCGCACCGCCAUCGCGGCCGCAAUUGCCGCCGCCGCCGCGGCAGCGGCAGCCGCAGCCAGCUUCUCCCUCACCGCCAAAUCUGCCGGAAGGCCACUCCCGCACCCGGCGCACUCCGCACCCCUCUGGGCCUCCCUCUCCCUAGCCGACGGCGCCACCCCCGGCAACGUCGAGCCCCGCACCGGCGCCGCAUUCCCCGCCGAGGCCGCCGGCGGGCGCCGCCUCCUCGGCGUCGGCCUCCGCAAGACCACCAUCCUCGGCCUCAAGUCCAUCGACGUCUACGCCUUCGGCGUGUACGCGGACGACAGCGAUCUGAAGCAGCUGAGGGACAAGUACCAGAAGCUCCCCGUCUCCGAACUGAAGGAAAGCGCUGAGCUGAUCAGCGACGCGCUAGAGCGCGACAUACGCAUGACGGUUAGGCUUCAGAUCGUUUACGGGAGGCUCAGCAUCGGGUCCGUCCGGAGCGCUUUCGAGAAGAGCGUGGGAAGCAGGCUUCUGAAGUUUGGAGGACCAGACACCAAGGAGUUGCUUCAGAGUUUUGUUUCACUUUUCAAGGAUGAAUACAAAUUAUCAAAGGGAUCUGUAAUUGAGCUUUCGAGGGAAUCAAACCAUGUGCUUAAAAUUAGUAUUGGAGGAGAAGAAGUGGGAAGUAUCCAGAACAAGCUCUUGUGCCAGUCAAUCUUAGAUCUGUACAUUGGAGAUGACCCAUUCGACCGAAGUGCGAAAGAUAACAUCCAAGGAAGUUUGGCUAGCAUAAUUAAAGCCUAGAAAUAGUGCUCGAACUUCAAUGUCAUGUAACUUUUCUCACGAACUUUCGUUCUAGGUCCAAGAUCGAGCACUGCUAGGUUUGUUUAAACUUCUGUGGGAUGAAUGAUUUCCUUCUAGUCUUAACUUCCUUUCUUCAAAAGGGAAUAAAAGUAUAUGCUGACCUUAGAUUUUCAUCUUGCA